GAUGUGACAGUCUUCGUAGUUGUGGAUGCAAGGAGGACUAAACCCAACGUGCAGUAGUUUGUCAAGCAUCUAGUAUCUAGUAGAAACUGAAAACCGGGUUUGUUUUUAAUACGGCCGCGAAAUAUUCUUCUGUGUCUAAUUGAGGGAGUUUUUGUUCUUACCAAAAUCAUGUUCACAACCUACGUAAAGAAUCUGAAUGAUAUGGUAUUUUCUACGUCUGAGAGCCCCGAGGAGCAGCAGAGCACUGGAGUCUUGGGCCGAAUCGGGAGCUGGCUCUCUCCAUGGAGGGGAAAGGCUCCAACUAGUCCCACUGAAAAUGCCUCUGCGAGUAGCGGUCAGGCUCUUAAGUCAGAGGAGGAAAAGGAGAGUGAGGAAUCUGUGAGACUCUGUGGGACAGGGACACGAGAGUCGGAGCAGGAGGAGGAGGGCCGACUAUCCAAUCGCAAUCCACUCCGUCCCUCCGGAGACAUUUUCCCUUGUGAAGAGGUGGACGCCACUCGGUCUGCCCACAGAGACGGCUCUGUUGCGAGCAGCGCUGAGAAAGCGGAUCCAAAGAAGGAGGAGCUGGUGGAGUGCAGGACAAAGAGAGUCGUGCAAGGCAAGCAGAGGGAGGAGAGCGGCACCGGCACAUUAGCCGGCGGGACAGACGCCCGUCAGGUGACACAUCAGUCCUCCUCCGCAGAGCAGGGCGUGGCGAGGGCGUCUGACCUUGCCCCCGGCCGGCCUCACGCACAGAGACAAGCGCAGGCGGGCCGGAGGCUCCAUGUGUACCUGGAGGAGACCAGCGUCACCCACUGCGACCAGAACACCUGCGCUGGACAGGACAUCGUCCAAGUCACCAAAAAGAACCUAAACGUCCUCGCCAAAGCAAAUUCAUCUCCAAGUUUGGAUUUGAGCAAAAGUUCAGCAAGAGCAGAGGACAAACGGACAAAUGUGAGGCCUGUAGUUGGGGGACAGAGUUAUUACAGUGCCCUAGUGGGGGUGUCGCUGAAAGCACACAAAGAGUUGCAGUCAGAGCCUGAAGCUGAAGGACCAACAGAGGCUUGCAGCAUGGGGCGUAAAAACGCAGCCAGAAGGAAAGUCAGGAAGAACUCUCAGGGAGAAGAAGGCAACAGCUCCCAGGGAAAGAUGUCCCCCGGCGUCCAACAUGUCCCAGAGGGAAUCUCCACAACAGGCGACCCAGUAACCAGCCCUAAAGCCAGAAGUCCAAAGUCUGACGUGGGAGAGUCCUCUGUAAGCUCCUCCCCAAAGCCCGACGCGCCCUCUCAGGCCUCACCUGAAGGAGCAGAGAAUGAGUCACCCUGCCCCGAUAAAGCCGAGCUGUCGGACAACCUCCAGGACUCAAACUCAGUCAUCGCAGCCACUCCGCCACGUGCAGUUGAUGGACCCGCAGACAUGGAGGGUGACGGCAGUGUUUACAAAGUAGAGCGGAGGACGGAGACACCAGAGUCCAAACGCAGGAGUCUCAAGGUUUCUCGAAGCGAGGUGAAGUUUUUUACUAAGUAUGUGCCUCUGGAUCCUAAGAAACAUUCGGCCGGAGAAUCCGAGGAAUUUGAAGCAGCAUUGAAGAAGCACAAAGAUGAAGCAAAGGAUUACCAGAAAACAGAGCGUGAUGCCAGACUAAACAAGCUUAAGAACAUUGACGAGGAGCCCAAGCCAGUCGCUGGCGCCGUUUCGGAUAAAAUCACCCUCUUUGAGCGCCCUGCAGAAGGAGUUAACAAACGGACCAUCCAAAGUCCGAGAAGCGCCGACGUCUCUCCAGUGAGGAACGCCCGUUUAUUGUUGUCAGAAAACAGGUCGAGAUCAGUUGAGUGUUCCAGCACGGGCAGGUCCAGCUCGCCAUCGGCCGUCGGGGACAGUGCGAUGACGAUCAAAGACCGAGCGAGGAACUUUGAGGGGGCAUCUGAAAGAAAGAAGAAGCCGGUGAUGCCUCGAAAGCCAGACAUUGUAGGAAUGUCUCAGAAGGCUACCUCAUCUGUUGUACCAAAGUCAUCAGAGGUAGACAAUCAGGGUCAACUGGAUACCGAAAAGCAAAUACAGCAAGCAAAGCCUGAGAUAACAUUAAAACCGGAUGGACAAGAUAGCACCGCUGCAGGGUUAGAGAUUUCCAUUCCAAAAGAACAAUCAACAGACUCCAAUUCAAACAGCAAAGUGUCCGGGAGAACAUCAGACCGGGGCACGAAAUCUAACAGUGUUGAAACGAAUGUUCCGCCUACAAGUCCCGGUGAUUCUAAAGAACUGACUGACAUGAUCAGCCCACAGGCCAAAGGCCCAAGCAGAAAAGGCCCCCGCUCCAAAAGGAGAAAAGGCCUGGAGCCCACCGGCCCCACCAGCCCGACGAGUGAAAGCCCUCCGGAUCGCUCCGCGAGUAAGCCACAGCUCACUGCUAAUAAACAGCAACAGGUGGACGAGGCCGCUUGUGCCCCUAAACCACUCACGGAGAAAGCCUCAUUUCCAUCCGAUAGAGCCCAGGGAAACACAGAAGCCCAGCAGGAAGCGUUGAAGAAAGAGCCACAGGUGUUAGGAAAUCAAAAGAAGAAGUUGGAUUCUUCAUUUAAAAAGAAGAGCAUUGAGAAACCAGUGAACAGACAGGAGGGAAUACCUGAACCGUCAAUCAACAAGGAUGAACCCGAUACUGCUGCUGGUAGCAGCGGAACCAAGGCGCCGGUCGACAAGGAUCCUGUUAUUUCACCUCAAAAGAAGAAAGAGGCAGGAGAACACGGCCACUUAUUCCCUCGGAGGAGAGAGAAGGCCUCCGAGGAAGGCACAGAAACUUCCACCUCCUCCCCCACCUCCGCCGCGCCGGUAGAACAACCUAUUAAGAAGACUGGUUUGAUAGAGCAAGAGCCACCUGUUGAACAGCCGAAAGAAGAAUCACCAGUGGAGGCUAAAUCUACCGAGGCGAAUAAAAAAGACACGGGGCGAACACAGAAGGACGUAGAACUAAUAGAUCAGGCUUUGAGUAAAGAUGCUGGCAAAUUGGAACAGGCUGAGAGCAAAAAAACGAAUCAGACUGAGAAGCACAACAGAGACAAAGCACAGCAGCUUCUGCGUCGUGAUAAAAACACGGCCGCGGUUUCAGAGAGCAGACGGGGUUUCUCAGAGGCAGAGGGGUGUGCGGUGAGGAAUGACCGGGCAAAGAAUUCUGAAAGAAAAGAUGAGCCACAGCCAGCGGAAGUCACAACAAAACCAGAAUCAAAUCGCCCAGAACCAGACCCUCCGUCCUCAGAACUGAGCAGGCCCCAAACCGGGCCUCCGCGGUCGCCGGCGAGGCCUGCGGAGUUCCCCGGAACGGCGAGAGACCCGCAGCCUCCUUCCGCGUCCCCGGAGAAAACGGAGAAUUCCCCAGAUGACUCACGUGCGGGUGGAGCUGACGGCGCUCGCUCCCCGAGGCCGAAGCCGAUCACCACAGCAACCGCGGCCGCUGAGAAAGCGGCUGUGAAAGCUGCGGACGGGGCCCCGUCGGCGCUGGCGCCCGCGGAGCCCGGUAGCGUGUCGCCAAAGGGUCCGUCAGAUAAGGAGGUUUUGCCUCCUUCUGCCUCAAAACCUUUGAGCGGCGGCGUAGCGAGGCAGGAUGCUGGUGGGUCCUUGAAAGACUCGGGAGACGUUACGAAACCAGCUCCAACACCUCAGCAGCGUGAAGGAUCUCCCGAUAUUGCGAGUGCAAGCGAGAUCACCAAAGAAACCGAUGGCGCUGCUUCCGACCCCAAGGCCAAUGCGGUAGAGAAGACAGUGAAGGAACUUUCACCUGUGGCUACAUGUCAUAUCUCCCCACCUUCACGACUCAGCGCAGUCGAGAAGGAGCAGGCCAAGGAAAAACCAAGAAAAGCUCCGAGAGGAACCCCUCCCCCGCGUGCUAACGACGCGAUCCAAGACAUGACCCAGCAUCCAACCGCCAAGAAGCACCACUUUCCUCGGGGGCGAAGCAGAGACGAUUCUGAAACCCGGCGAGAUGCUCCUUCGAGCUGGCUGGAUGUGGAUUUCCCCAGACGGACGCUGAAAGUCUCGACGGCCAAACUGACCUCCUCUGGAAGUGAGAACAAUCUUCUGGACACCUCCGGCGACCUGGAUGAUAACAAUUUCAUUGAGAAAAUCCGAAAGCUUUGUGCACCGUUCUCCCUCCCGCCGCGCAAACACAACCCCCUCCGCACACCGCAGCCGCCGUUCGCCAUGCCCGCCAUCAAGGAAGCCCGCUUUGAGAAGACGUUUGACCCCGAGGAGUUCAAGUUCGGCUUGAGCAAGAAGAGCCAAUUCAGCGUGGACGCGAGCCCGAGCCUCCUAACCUCCAAGUACCAGGAAAAGGAGACAAAAAACAUCCUUAAGCCCGCCAGGGCGAGUUUGGCGGACAGGAGCAUGCUGCUCGGCAUUCUGGACCCUCACUCCCGCCUCAGGGACAACACCCCCGUCAAAGAUGAGGACGAUGUCAAGGAAGAGAGAGACGAGCAGAUCAAGGUGAAGUCUCGCCUGGAGGGGAGCUGCGUCCUCAACAGCCUCAGCUCCUCCAUCCUCAGAGCGAAGAGGAAUGGAGCCGUGUCACCCGGCGACGCCCCGCAGCUGAGCCCCACACUGGAACAUCAGCCGCCCCCGCCGAGCCCGACCGCCGGCGCUGCACUCAGAGACACGCGGGCCCCGAGCUUCAGGGAGGAAGCCCGGACCGCCGGCUCUGUGCCCGGUGACUCAGGCCUUCCACUUCCUGCUUUUAACGACACCAAGCUGCCGGACUAUUUGGAGAAGUACCUCCCACAAGAACCAGCGAAGCCAGAGCACAGCAUAAAAGGAGAGGAGCGAGUCACAGCCGAGGUUACUGGAAAAAUGACAUCUGCAGCAUCUGGAGUCGAGGCAGACCUCGCUGGGAAACUAGGUCCAGCGCUUCCUGCGCCUCCACGUCUUCCUGAGAUUCCUCCGGGCGCACAGCCUACCCGGUUUGAGCUUAACAAGCCGCCGGCUUUGCCACAGGCAGUGGUGAGAAAUAAUAUAAGAACUCAAAAGGGAUUUCACAAGCGCCCCGGAAAGAUGGUGUUGUUUGAAAAACCUCAGUUCAGUGGCCAGGUGCAUGAGAUCUACCGGGAUAUGGCAGAUGCUACGUCUUUGCAGCUCUCGCCUCUGAUAUCUGUGAAGGUUGUUAGAGGAUGUUGGGUGAUCUAUGAGAAGCCGGACUUCCAGGGACGCUGCAUCGCCUUGGAGGAGGGAUGCAGUGAAUUGACAAACAUGUGGGCAGACUCCGGUCCGGAGACAGAACCACAGAACAGCCCACCAAUGCUAAUAGGCUCGAUUCGACUGGCUGUCUCGGAUUAUUCCCUCCCCCACAUUGAUCUGUUUACUGAACCGGAUGGCCUCGGCAGGGUGACACCUUAUCACGACGACACCAUAGAGACGGGCUCGUUUGGCGUCCCGCUGAGCACCGGUUCCAUCCGAGUGCACUCGGGGGUGUGGCUGGUGUUCAGUGACCCCGGCUUCCAAGGCAUGAUAUCUGUCCUGGGGACGGGAGAGUACCCGCUUCCCGACUCCUGGGGCUUCACGUCACCCUUUGUUGGAUCUCUUAGACCACUUAAAAUGGGUGGUUUCAAAGUGGAGAAUCCCAAUGAAGUCAAGGCUGUGUUGUAUGAAGAGCCCGGCCUUGCGGGUGCCGGUUUGGAAAUCGACAGUGACGUUUUCAGUUUUGGUGAAAGUCAAGGAGACGUCACGGGCGCCGCCGGAGCAAACGCGGACUCGGGGAAACCGGUUUCUGUGGCUUCUUUAAAGAUCAUGGGAGGGCUCUGGGUGGGCUACAGCGAGCCGGCGUUCGAGGGCCAGCAGUACAUCCUGGAGGAGGGAGAGUACCUGCACUGCGGCGACUGGGGCGGCUCUGACCGGCUGGGCUCCCUGCGACCGAUCUCGGCCGAUUUCAUGUCUCCACACCUGAAAAUGUUCAGCGACAAGGAUUUCGGUGAGCUGGGAGUCAACAUCGGCCUCACGGUGCCCGUUAUUGACAUGGACGCCACGGGCUACGGCGUGAAGACACAGUCCAUUGACGUCUUCAGUGGCGUCUGGGUGGCGUUUGAGGAGCCGGGCUUCUGUGGCGAGUGCUACCUUCUGGAGAAAGGCCUGUACGGAAGCCCAGAGGACUGGGGGGCGCUGCAGCCCAGGGUGGCCUCAGCAAUGCCUGUUGUGUUGGAUGAUUUUGAGAAUGCAGCUAAAUUCAAGUUGCAGAUUUUCUCUGAACCGGGUUUCCAGGGCUCCGUUGUCCCCCUGGAGGACAGUGUGGCCUCGCUGCAGGACGCCGUCUCUGUGUCCUCAUGCAAGGUCCUGGCUGGAAGCUGGCUGGCGUUCGAGGGCCGGGACUUCACUGGCAGAAUGUAUUUGUUAGAACUGGGGAGCUACCCUGACCUGAGGGCAAUGGGCUGCGCCAAUGCGAAAUCCUCCAUCCUGUCGCUGCAGACCGUUGGCUUUGAGUUUUCGCUGCCGUCGAUCACCCUGUUUGAGCGCUGCGGCCUGUGGGGCAAGCGGGUGGUGCUGACGGAUGGAUCGGUGAACCUCCAGCUGGUGGGAGGCUGCAGCAGAGUCCAGUCUGUGCUGGUGGAAGGAGGCAUAUGGGUUUUAUACGAGGGAAUCAACUAUCGGGGUCCUCAGAUUUUACUGAAACCUGGUGAAGUGCCCGACUGGCGCAAGAGCAGCAGCUGGCAGACAAUCGGAUCCCUUCGCCCUCUCAUGCAGAAGCGAGUGCCCUUCCGUUUAAGGAACAGACAGACGGGGCUCAUGCUGUCAGUGACCGGAGAUUUGGAUGACGUCAAACUGAUGCGGGUCCAAGAAACGGAGGAGACCGACGGAUUCGAACAGAUCUGGCACUACCAAAACGGGCACCUCCACUGCAAGCUGCUGGAGGAGUGCUGCCUGAGUCCCAGCGGCAGCGUGACGAUGGCAGGAAGCCGCGUGGGUCUCUCCCCGGAGCCAAACAACCAGGACAACCUGUGGAGCAUCACGCCUCAGGGAUUUAUCCGCUACAGCCAAACGUCUGAUCUGGUCCUGGAGGUCAAAGGGGGGAAGCUCUACGACAAAAACCAAGUCAUUCUAAACAAACUCAAUCCAGCUAAACUGGAUCAACAGUGGGAUGUGGAGAUCAUAUGAAAACUUACGAGCUGCUGGACUGGAUCCUUAACAAUUUGAGAGGAACACUUCCACCAAAGGCUCCGUUAUGUGUCAGUUGCAAGGCAACUGCUCACAAACGAGGUACAGAGUUGGAAAGUUCUGGAGCUGCUGCAGGAGGAAUACAAAAACGUCGGAGCGGAGGAACAACACGGAGGGCUGUGGAUGAAUCCGUAAGAAUGUAUUAAUACCCAGAGCGUAGCCUGAACGUUACUUCAUAUUACACUACACUUGACCAGUACUAUAUCCUCAAGCUUAUUUUUUGUCUACCUGAUAAAUUGUGUAAAAACAGUGUUAAAACAGUUCCAUAUCUUUACCAAACGUUCUAUUGUUUAUGUACGUGUAUACAGAAAUAUCCUUAUUUCUAAGCUGCAUCCAAAUUGAGGGGGAAAAAAGAAAAUUACAAUGUCUCCUGACUCCUUUCCUUUGUUUAAUCUACAAAGCACAAAACUCUUUUCAGAAUAAUACAUUUAUUUGUGUCAAUAAACUUGUUAAAUACAUUGCACAGCAAGGUGCAGACUUAAUGCUUGAGAUUUAAAGAUCCAUCAUUUGUGUUUGCCCAAUGUUUAAAUGACAUCUUUUUGUUCUGUAUUCACAUGUCAGUUGCAAUAUAAUGUAGGGAAAUAUUCCCAUGGUUAUGACGCGGGUAUUGUCAAAUAAACAUGGACAAGAAAAA